UGGCGGCGCCCAUGGUGACAUCUACGGUCUCUCUUCGCACUGGUGAAAAGCACAGCUUCAGCAAUCAAAUUGAACUCACAAAUGGUCAGAUUACGAACGAGAAAUUGAGAGAAUCAGUGCAGGGAAUCCAGAAGGAGUUAAAUGAUUUUCUUACCUCACAAGUUGAUAUUGCAAAAGGCUCAGCAGUCAACCGAAAAACCAACGCUGGAGAUGCAUCGCAGGAUGACGAUUUAGAUGAAAGUGACGAUGACGGUGAUGACCUUAAUGAUGAAGAUCAAGAACCUUCCGCUAAAGAGCAACCAACUGAAGAACCACCUGACAAGAAACCUAAAAAGUAGACCUUCCAUGAAGAUUUUUGUAAAAGCAUCAUGUUCUCUAGCCCUGUUAUGGUAGGACGUCAGUCAGUGCCUGCAACGGAGGAGUCCAACCUGGGCUACAGGUUCUCUAUUGUACAAGGCAUAAUGAGAGCUGCACAGUGGGACGGAAAGCAUUUUGCAGAAGGUAUGAAGUUGGCCCAGAAGCUGCUGAGUAAUGCGGAAAACAACUGUGGAAGAGCACUGGGAAUAUAUUUUCAUUAAUGAGUGAAUGAACUUCAGCAGAUGUACAUGUACUACCAUGGAGCAUCUCCAUCAUUGUGGUCCAUAUUAAGAAGUUGAUGAACCAUUAAUGUACAGAUGACCUUCCAGCUGUGUACCAACUGGUGCUUUGGGUAUAAAUAAUGUUAUUUAGGUUGCCUUCUAAACCGAUUAUAAUGUGUUAUAUUUUAGAUAUGUGUGCCCUCUCUUGUACUCUGUUAUUUUCCCAGUCGUGUGAAAAUAAAUCUGUAGCGUAUCACUCGGGCUAUAUGCAAAUGUUUUCGGUCUUUUUUAAGGUCCUGGGGGGGGGGGGGGGGUAUACAGUAUACAGUGCAAGGGUAAAAAAGCAAAUAUUGGUCCUACGUUUAAAAUUGUACUAGUUCUAGUGAGACGUCAGAGUAACAUGUGCCCCAGUUGGAACUAAUGGGGUACGUGUGGCCCCUUCGUCUCAUGGUUGAACAUUUCCACAUAAUUAAACUGAUUAAAUCAAGUAAAAUGGAGCUGGUAGAUUUAGUUUACUAUGGAGUACAAUAAUGUCUGCAGUUAAACAUCAAUAACAAAUUAUACCAAAACAAAUAAAUCAAAGAAUAACUACUAAAAAAGUAAAAACCAUUGUGCAAAUAAGUUUUUACUUUCACGAGGUGACUGUUUAAUAGCAAAAUAUUAAUAUUGCCACAGUAUUCUUGUAGCAAGUGUUUUUUUCAGUCCGCGUUUUUUGCUAAAGUCAAUAAGUCCCGUUUGUAUGAUUUGGCCUAUAGUUGACACACCUGCUCCGAGCAAGUGCCAUACUUGUACAGGAUUAUGUCAACAUUUAACGACAUAUAUAAUUACAUUUUUACUUAGACGCUUUAUAUUUCUGGGGUGUUAAGUUGAUUCUCUUGGUAUCUAUGUGACAACACCGACACGGUGUUAAUUUCACCAACGGUAAUGGGGAUGAUACAUAGAUACAAUAAAGAAUUACACAACUGUUUUUGCAGUGCAUGUUUACACAGCUUUAAUACUUAUGUACCCCAUUUUUUAAAUGUCAAACCCCAACAACUGGGAAAAUGGCCGCUCAGGGCUAUAAUAAAAAAUAAAGUAAAGGA